AUGGCGGAGCCGGUCCCGACGCCCCGGGGCGGCGGCGUCCGCAGAGGAGCCCGGGGGGCCCGAGGCGGCCGGGGCCGGCGUCCUCGCUCCCAGCGGUCUCCAGCCCGGCGCACUGUGGACUCGGUGCUGGUGGACUUGGUCAGCGAUAGCGAUGAGGAUGUCCUAGAGGUCGCAACUCCGCGCACUGCUGCGGACCCGGUUGCAGUCCCUACCCCCAGCCUCCCCGUGCCGGCCGCGCCCCGGGACGACAGCGACAGCGACAGCGAAGGGGCGGACGCAAGGCCCACAGAAGCCCCGCGGGUCGCGGUCAGGCGGCGGCGGCGGCUGUUGCUGGAUCCAGGGGAGGCACCGGUGGUUCCAGUGUACUCCGGGAAGGUGAAAAGCAGUCUCCACCUCAUCCCAGAUGACCUAUCCCUCCUGAAACUCUACCCCCCAGGAGCCGAGGAAGAGGAGGAUAUGGCAGAUCCUAGCCGUGUCCACCACGAAGAUCCCUCAUUUCCAGACUGUCCCUGGAAGAAGAGGCUGAGGAGUAAGGACAAAGAAGAAAAGAAGGAAAAGGUGUUUCUGUGAGUGAGAACCUCUCCUUUGCACCCACCUCCCUCCAGGACCAAAAGCAGGAAGCAUACCCGGGCACUGCGGAAGUUAAGGGAGGUGAACAGGCGCCUCCAACACCUCCGUUCCUGCCUGAGCCCCCAGCAGCACCACGGUCAAGACCACCAGAGCCAAGAGGAUGAGGUGGUCCUAGUGGAGGGGCCCCUCCUCCCAGCGAGCCCCCGACUCUUCCCACUCAAAAUCCGGUGCCGGGCUGACCUGGUCAGAUUGCCCGUUAGAAUGUCGGAGCCCCUACAGAGCGUGGUGGACCACAUGGCCACCCAUCUGGGGGUGUCCCCAAGCAGGAUCCUAUUGCUCUUUGGAGAGACAGAGCUGUCCCCUACUGCCACCCCCAGGACCCUAAAGCUUGGAGUGGCCGACAUCAUUGACUGUGUGGUGCUAGCAAGUUCUUCGGAGGCCACAGAGACGUCCCAACAGCUCCAGCUCCGGGUACAGGGGAGAGAGAAACACCAGAUGCUGGAGGUCUCGCUGUCUCAGGAUUCUCCUCUCAAGACACUCAUGACCCGCUAUGAGGAGGCCAUGGGACUCUCAGGACACAAACUCUCCUUCUUCUUUGAUGGGACAAAGCUCUCAGGCAAGGAGCUGCCGGCUGAUCUGGGCAUGGAAUCUGGGGACCUCAUUGAGGUCUGGGGCUGAAACCCCACUCCCUGUUUGGAGGCCCAGCCUGGACUUGGAGAGAAUGUCUCCCCUUUUUUGCCUCAAAGGCUAGCAGAUACUAAGCUAGAACUUAUCUUUAAACCGAAGCAAAAUGAAGGAGUGACCUUUGAUCCCCUCUUCUGUUGAUCCUGGUUUCAAGCCAUUAACUACUUGGCGUGGUGGUUGUUGCUGCCCUGGGUGGCCUGUGGCUCCAUCCACAUGGCUGGGUUUGCAGCCCCUUUGACAUGGAAAAGGUGUGUCCCACUCCCCACUCCCUUCCACCUCCAUCAUCACCCUUUCCUCAAUGAAAUUUCUGUUCUGUGAAGCUUUGCUUGUGUUUAAAGAGCGACUUGAAAUAGAUAAGACUCGGGUAUGGGCUUCUAGGCCUGGGAAUUAUGCCACGCCUAGGACCAGUAGUGGCCUUAGUCUCAUUUGGGGGUUGGUUUCUUGUUUGUUUUUGUGGCAGGCCAGUAUGGAUCCGAAAAAAUGUUUUUGUUUUCAGGGUUUUUUUUUUUUUUUUUUAAUCAUUUGGGGGUUGGGAGUGAAGUUCGCUUGAGGCACAUACACUGGUGUGGUUCCCUGGCUGACAGGAAUGUAAAUGAUCAAGCUCACACACACAUUAGCUUACGCAUAGGCAGACAACUGGGACACUCUGUUGAAGGAUAAAGGUAGUGGGUUCUUAGCCCUGGGAGUCUUCCUCACCCCGAGGACACUUUAUAACCACACUCUCUGGUACACACCUCCUGGUGCAUACACCUAAGACAUAACUGAGCACAUUCAGGCGUUCCGUUUUGGAUCUCGGGAAUGCAGUCCCACGCAAGGAUUCUAUAGUUUUAUGGUUUUCCCCUUCUUCACACUGUCUUCUCCCAUAAGCACACAAACAAAUAUUUUAUUCCAUGUCUUUGAAUAUGAAUGUAUCCUUGGAAGAUGCAAUGUUUCCAGUGUGAAUAUGCUUUUACUGUACAUGAGCGAUAGUGUGCAAUAGAUCUUACACUGUUUUCACUCACUAUCUGUAAGAUCUGGCCCCAUUGCUAGUUCUAGACCUGAGCUGUUACUUGGAACUGCUGCGUGGUGCCCCACGGUGGCAUCAAUUGCAUUUUACUUAGACAUUGGCCUUAAGAGGUGGACACCUGGUGCCUCCAACUCCUCAGCACCGGAUACAAGGCCACGAUAAACAUUCUUUUAUGUGUCCCCUUCUGUGCUGGUGUGAAAUUCUCUGACACAUGUACCCAGGAUGAGAUUAUGAGUCAUAUGCAUUAAUUUCUCUGUGGUUUUCCAGAUUUUUCUUUGGAAUGUUGAUUGACUCUCCCACUUGAGGCUUCCCAUUUCUCAUCCUCACCAGAUCUUGGGAUUGCCCAACUUUCUAAUUUUUGCCAGUCUGAUGGGUAUAAAGUGGCACUGUGUUUUAAUGUACAUUCAUCUGAUCACCAUUAAUUCUGGGAAAAUUUUCACAUACCUGUCAACCUUUCUGGUUUCUCUUUCUGUGAAUUGCUCAUUUUCUCAUAGGGGCUUCCUGUCUUUAUUGGUUUAUUCUCAGGAGUUGCUUGUAUUCCUGGGCAAUUGCCAGUAACUCUCAAAAUGGUACUUUGUCUCUAGGGGUAUCCUUCACUAAACAGACAUUCUUAAUUCUUUUUUUCUUUUGCUCUUUUUUUCAUUUCUUUUUUUAUGUUUUUUUCUUAUUCUUUUUUUUGAUAUUUUAAAUUUUAAUGUAGAUGAAUUAACUGUUUUGUCAUAAAGUUUGUUGCUCUUGAUUUCUUCUUUAAAAAUAGUUAAGAUAUUUUACAUUUUCUUCUGUUAGCUCACUGUUUUUUGUUUUUCAUACUGAGGCCACUAAAUAGGGCUGAAGUCCAGCCCAUACCCCUGUUGUGGUGCCUUGGCUGGCAUCUGUUCCGAGUGGUCACACACACUUGUUCUGAUUCGCUGAUGCCAGGCUGUACUGGUUGCUAAGUAUCAACAUAAUUUUAAAACUAUUUGAAAUGCAUUGUUAUAUAUGAAUCUAAGUUUUAUAUUUUACCAUAUAAAGAGGCAGUUUUCUCAGUACUGUCUACUAAUAAAGCCAUUAAUCUUCCACUGA